CAAAUAAAAAUGGCGCCAGAAUAAUUCACAAUUUUCAAUUUCAGAAACCCUUCCAAUUUCGGAAAAUCGCUACUGCGAACUGCAACUACAAUGUCGAAAUCCACGCUCUUCAUCGCCGUCCAAUGCUGCGAGUGCUCCACCAUGCAGGUGAAGCAGCAGAAAAAGAGCAGCAGUAAAUGGAAUUGUGUAAUCUGCAAUCAAAAGCAAUCUGUUACCAAGAUCUACGCUCAAAGUUAUCAAGCUAAGGAUAUCCGAAAAGUCGUUCAAUCCUUUAACAUGUCUCGCAAAUUUCAUGAUGAAAUGCAGCAACCGGAACAGGAACAAUCUCCUAAUGGUGGUGAUUCGGAGAUUGAGGAGAUUACGGUCAAACGACGUACUGAUUGGAGCGAGUUUAUGGAAGAUGAUAAUAUUUCAGAACCUCAUUAUUUGAAAUCAAAAUUAGUUAACAAUGCAGAGAAUAAUAUGGAUGCCGAGCCAAGAGAGAAAAAUAUAGUACCGGAGCCAAGAGUUGUCACUGAGCUUCCUGAGGAUUUAAUGUUUAAGAAACCGAAAUUGAAGGGUAAAUUUGGUGGUGGUUCCUUUGGCAUUGAUAAAAAUCAUUGUUACAAGCCAAUUGUUUCAAAAAGAGGAAUUUCAACAAAAAUCAUCAUGAAAACUCAGCAAAGCACUUCGAAUCCAAGAUCUGGAUCAGUAUGUGAUGAAUGCAUGGUGGAUGACAAUGAUCUUAUCAGAGGUAACAGGGAACAGUGUGAGCAACAGCAACGAGACACGGGUUCAAUAAUGAGGAUCAAAGGUGCAGCUAGACAUUUAGAGCAGUGGCGGCAGCAGCAGCUACAGCACACGAAUAUGUGCAAGGAAGUGAAGCAACCAGGUGCCUCCAAAUGGAGUAAGUACAUGACAGAACAUGAAGAUGUUGAUAAUAUUGACAAAGGGUUGAGACCUGCUUUUGCUGAUGAUUUCAGAUUGAUGCGUGGUUAUAAACUUGAAAAGGAAGGUAUUGAUCAACCUGUUGAGGAAGAUAUCCACCCAGAUUUCUUGUAGUUCCUAAGUGCAAAAUCGAUAUAUCGGUGAAAAUUUCUUCCCAUUUUCAGAGAUUUUGAUAACUUGCUAUACUCUGAUUCAUACUUUGGUUAUUAGUUUCAAUAAAGGGCCUUUGAAUUGCAUUUGAAAAUUGAAAGUCAAUUGGUUCUAAAUAUGAUAUUUCUAGUACUCUAAAAUCAGAUCAUCAAUUAUAUGAGAUACA